AGAAUUUACCAUUAGAUGCAGCUGCACCAUUACUUUGUGCUGGUAUUACAACUUAUUCACCUUUACGACAACAUAAUGUUGGAAAAAAUACACGAAUGGGAGUUAUUGGUCUUGGUGGUCUUGGUCAUAUGGCUGUUAAAUUUGGUGUAGCUAUGGGUGCACAUGUUACUGUUAUUUCAACAUCUGAAUCAAAACGUGAUGAUGCAACAAAACUUGGUGCUAAAGCAUUUCUUGUUUCAAAAGAUGCAGAACAAUUGAAAGAAGCAGAAAAUUCAUUUGAUUUUAUUAUUGAUACUGUAUCAGCACAACAUGAUGUUGCUGCUAUGAUAAAUUUAUUAGCAUUUCAAGGAGUUUAUUGCAUGGUUGGUGCACCACCAAAACCAGCAGAAAUUCCAUCAUUUGUUCUUUUAUUUAAACGACCAAUCAUCACUGGUAGUCUAAUAGGUGGUAUGAAAGAAACACAAGAAAUGCUUGACUUUUGUGGUAAACAUGAAAUAACAUGUGAAAUUGAAAAGAUAGAAGCAACACCAGAACAAAUCAAUGUAGCUUAUGAUCGAACACUUAAAUCAGAUGUGAAAUAUCGCUUUGUAAUAGAUAUAUUAAAUGCAUUUAAAUAA